AUGGACCGCAGGGAAAGUUCGUCUCUUCAUGGCAGAAAGCCUCCAUCCACUUCUGCUGUCAGUCCUGUUUCAUUGUUAUUGCAGAGACCGAGCGAUGUCGAAAUCGGCAAGGGACAAUCCACUCGAAGUUCGGUCCAACGCAUGAUGAUAGCUCGACAACAAGAACCAUUCGGCCCCCUGCGCCAAGAUCAAAUCAGUUUGGGCAAAGCGCCCAUUGGAGGCUACUUGACACGAUGGAGUGGCACCGUCACGGAACGCACGUGGCCCAUAGUGUUGGCCUACGCCGUCUAUUUGACGGCCGUGGCUCUAUUUUUCCACUUGGGUUGUGAUGAUGAUGAUCCACAGCAACAACACUCCACGACGUUCUUUCCCGAACGAUGUUCCAGAGGCCCCGCUGUCACGACCGGACCACUGUGGAUUGCGUGGUUGGUCGUUACGGGGGUCUUGUGGGUCCUCUUGGUCCAAGCUGGAUUGUAUCAUUUCCAAAACACCCUUCAAGACGUCCGGACCAUCCAAAGUCGACUCGAGGAAAUCAGUCUUUUGUUGCACACUUUCUACUACGACAAUGAUGGCCCGGGAAACGACACAACCGCGCUGGCAGCAGCUCUUCGAUUGUUGGUGGCAUUGCCCUUCUUUCUCUUUACGAGCACCCCACACUUUGGUUUGGAACAAACAACCAAGAUGGAAGAAUACUUGACCCAAGCCGGACAGUACCUCGAACCAGAGGAAAUGGAACGUUUGGCCAAUAUUCCCACGGCAGCCGAUCGACCCUAUGCCAUGCUCUUUUGGAUUCCCAAAUUGGUCUUGGACGAGAGCAUGCAACCCCCUCCGCCACAAACACCACUGUUGGUUCGUGCCGUCGGACGGCUCCGGGACACACAUGCGGGGUUGGUGGACCGUCUCGAAGAUGCCGUGUUGUUGCCCUUGCCCUGGAUUCAUCUCGUGGUGACCAAUCUGUAUCUCGUCUUGGCGGCGCUGCCCUUUGUUCUUGAUUUUGGUUAUGCAGUCAUUCCAUGGGGGACGCUUUUGUUUUGGGUGUUGGAUGGUAUGAUAACGUUUGUGUUGGUCAUGGUGAGAGAGCCCUUCUCGGCUACUACUAGACGUCCACUGAUUGAUUUGCGCCAAGUGGUCGACCAAUCUGUCUUGUCCUUGACGCGACGGUUCCCCGCAGCGUUACAGCAAUACAACAGAAAGAAGCAGCCUGUGGAGUACUACAAGUCGCUUUAA